ACUGUUCCGUGAAUAUUGAUUAGGCAGUUCAAAACGGAUGAAUAAUGCAAAAAUAUUUCUUAUUACCGCUUUUAAGCCUCUCUGUACUGUUAUUCGUGUAUGAUACCGAAGCAACAAAUCCUCCAACAGCAGUUCUCGACUUGAGCGAUAAAUUUUUGGAUGUGAAAGAUGAAGGAAUGUGGUUUGUUGAAUUCUACGCUCCAUGGUGUGCUCACUGCAAGCGCCUUCAUCCAGUUUGGGACCAAGUUGGACAUACAUUGUCUGACAGCAAUUUACCUAUCAGAGUAGGAAAGCUCGAUUGCACCCGUUUCCCAGCAGUUGCCAAUAAAUUGAGCAUUCAAGGAUAUCCAACGAUUUUGUUCUUCCGAAACGGCCAUGUUAUUGACUACAGAGGCGGAAGAGAGAAGGAGGCUCUCGUCAGUUUUGCCAAAAGAUGCGCUGCACCAAUCAUCGAAGUUAUAAACGAAAAUCAAAUUGAAAAAGUGAAGCUCUCCGCACGUUCUCAACCAUCAUAUGUCUUCUUCGGUACAUCUUCUGGACCACUUUUCGACGCAUUCAAUGAAGCAGCAAGCUCAAAAUUUUCAGUUGCUCGUUUCUAUUCCGUUGCUCCACCAGAAAAUGAUGCCUCGUUCCGCCAACGCGUCGCUGUAUUCAAAGAUAAUUUCGAAAUCGAAUUCAACGGAGACAUCGAGAAAUUGACAGAAUGGGUAACCAGAGAAAGAUGGCCAGGAUUCCUUCAAGCAACUUCUUCAAAUCUCGCUGAAAUUGGUGCAAGUGGAAAGCUUGUGGUGUUGGUGGUUUCUAGUGAAAGUCACAAGUUUAACAACACAAGCCCCAUUCGAGAAUUCCACAAAACUGCCGAAGAAGCAUCGAAAGAGCUCCGAAAGCAUCCAGAUCUAUGGAAUCGAUUCCAAUUCGCAUGGCUCGAUGGGUCGGAUCUGGCUUCUCAAAUUCAAAUGGCAGCUGUCUCGGAGCCACAUUUGUUCAUUUUCAAUUACACCAGUUAUGAAUAUUAUCUGAGCGAGGAUGAGCCAAGUCAAAUGACAAUCAAAUCUAUUCUGACAUUUUUGGAACAGACUUCAGAAGGAAUUGAUAAGGAAACUAUUGUUGCUUUCGGAGGUCGUCACUUGUUGACAAGAAUCAAGAGAAUGGCUUUCGAAUUGUACUGGAACAUUGCUCAAAUGUUCGCAACUCAGCCACUUUUAUCGUCAUGCCUGUUCGGAGUACCAAUCGCAUUUCUCAGCAUCAUCUGCUAUAGUAUUUGCUCCGCUGAUUUCACAGUGGAUCGUGAUGAGUUCUAUGGCGAUGAAGACGAACUGAUUGAUGACGAGGAAGGUGAAGAAACGGAACAUCCGGAAACCGAUGAUGAUCACGAAAAAGCUGAGUGAUCAGCUGAUCCCGUUAUUCGAAGAUUUUUGCUCAAAAUGCUCAAAGUGCUAAUAUAUACUGUCUCCACGUUUCUAAUUUCAUAAUAUUAAACACCAAAAAUUGCCUCUAAAGAUCUCUUCUCAUGUAAACAAUUAACAUUCUAAUAACCAAAUAAUAAAUUUAUAGAACCG